AGCACAGCUUCUCCUUCCUCCUACAACCAUCAUCCACCAGUAAUGUAUGGUCGAAAUACUCGCCAGGGCGGGUUCGACAUCGAGGAGGAGAUACAUUACCCUACUAGGCCUGUUGACAAAGACAAGGCCGAACAAGAACUCGUCGUGAAUAUCAAGAAAGCGACCAGCCCGGAGGAAACUGCUCCAAAGCAGAAACAUGUUCGAAAAUGCAUCGUGUUCACAUGGGACUAUCAUUCCUCGAUCUCAUUUUGGAGCGGCCUGCGCGUGCAACCCAUUCUCUCUGACGAAGUUCAGACAUUCAAAGCACUGAUAACUGUUCAUAAAGUUCUCCAAGAGGGUCAUCCGAAUACCAUCAAAGAAGCGCACGGGCAAACAUCAUGGCUGGAAACUUGUUCCAGGACAGUUGGUAAUGAUGGAAUGCGAGGGUACGGGCCUUUAAUCAGAACCUACGUUCAGUUCAUCUUGGCCAAAUUGCGCUUCCACCGACUUCGACCAGAAUUCAACGGUCUCUUUGAGUAUGAGGAGUACGUCACACUGAAGGGCAUUGAUGAUCCAAAUGAAGGCUAUGAAACCAUUUCCGACUUAAUGGGUCUACAGGAACAAAUUGAUUCCUUCCAGAAAAUGAUUUUCUCACAUUUCCGUCACUCAACGAACAACGAAUGCCGUAUAUCUGCCCUGGUACCACUGGUCAAGGAAAGCUGGGGUAUAUAUCGUUUCAUCACAAGUAUGAUGCGAGCAAUGUAUAGACGAACGAACGAUGUCGAUGCUCUGGAACCUCUGAAGGAACGAUACACCCAACAACAUUACAAUUUACGGAAGUUUUACUACGAAUGUUCCAAUCUCAAAUACCUUACUGGUCUCAUCAAUGUGCCAAAACUGGGCCACGAACCACCCAAUCUUCUGGACACUGGGGACGCUCCUGAUCUCCCUGCUCGUCCCAAGACAGCUGUCAAGUCUCCUUCACCUCCUCCCGUCGCACCGUCACCCAAUGACAUGAACGAGCAAGCUAAGAUGCUCAAGCAAUAUGAAGAGCAGCAAGCUCUCCUUCAAGCGUCUCGGGAGGCGGAGGAGCGCCGACGUCAGGAACUGGAACAGCAACAGGCUCUAGAGUUUGAACAGAGACAACGAGAACAAGCUGAAGCGCAACGCCUCGCUCAGGAGCAGCUCAUGCUUCAGCAGCAGCAGAUGUAUAAUAGUCAAGCUGCGCAGCAAGCGGGUGAACUAGAGCGUCAGUUGCUUGCUAUGAGAGGACAGUAUGAACGAGACCAGAUCUUUUUGGAACAGUAUGAUCGGCGGGUGAAAGCAUUGGAGGCCGAAUUGAACGGCGUCACCUCCCAUAUAAACUCGCAGAUGGCAUCGAAGGACGAACUCAUCAAACAGCUGCAAGACCAAGUUACUCUAUGGCGCAACAAGUACGAAGCACUCGCGAAGCUCUACAGCCAACUUCGGACUGAGCAUCUGGAUAUGCUCUCCAAAUUCAAGCAACUACAACUGAAAGCGAAUUCUGCUCAAGAAGCCGUCGAUCGCAUGGAGCGUAUGGAGAGAGAUUUAAAAGCGAAAAACUUGGAGCUAGCCGAUAUGUUGCGUGAGCGUGACCGCGCCAGGUUCGAGCUGGAUCGUGCGAAGUCAUCAAACAAGGAAGAUAUUGAUCGAUUGCGUCGCGAACUCAAUUUCGCGAAUGAGCGCGCAGAGGAUGCGUCCCGUUCAAAGAAUUCGGAAGUUACUACAGUCCUUGCUAAGUAUAACAGACAGCUUUCUGAACUGGAGGACUCGUUGCGCAGCAAACAAAUUCAAAUUGACGAUCUCCUGACGAGACUUCAAAACUCUAAUGAUGAAAUCGAACAUUUACGCGAGGAAAAAGACCAAGAGAUCAUGAUCCUACAGGAGAGUGUUGAUAGCACUCUUCAACAACUCAAUGAUGCGCAACAGGAUCAGGGCGAAGUCAGUCGGGGUCUAGAUGCCCAAAUUGAUACCUUGAUUUUGGAUAACAGGAAGAAACUUAACGAGAUUAUCGACUCUAUCUUGAAGGCUUGCGUCUCGAAGGUGGACGAAUCCAUCUAUGAACUGGAGUCCCCGACGCAAGCAGGCAAUCUCAAUUCAACGCCCGAGUAUACGUUAUCCAUGAUUGAAAAGUCGACCAACAACGCCAUGGAGUUCGCGACGGUGUACAAUCUGUACCUUGGAGAAGAAGCUGGUGGCGAACAUGUGGAGGUCAUCAAGACCGCAAAUGAAUUUGCUCAAUCCCUUGCCGAUGUUCUGAUCAAUAGCAAAGGCAUCACACGACUGGCCAGCGACGAUGACGCGUCCGACAAGAUCAUUAGCGUCGCCAAAGCUGCCGGAGAUGUCGGCCUUCGUUUCUUCAUGAACUUGCAGUCAUAUAAACUUGAUCUUCUGCAACCCAACCAACGAAAAGAUGUCGUCAUGCGCAACAACAGCGAGGCCCGUGGAGCGCUAAUGAAACUGUCAGAAGUUGUCGAUAAACUCAUUCCCAAGGGCGCCAAAUCCGGUGCAUUAGCUCGCGCCAAUGGAGAUAUCGGAGACAUCGUCGAGCAGGAAAUGAUGGGUGCAGCCAAAGCCAUCGAGCUUGCGACACAGCGCUUGCAGGAGCUCAUGGCCCGACCUCGCGAUUCAUCCCGCUUCAGCGCCGUUGACUUACAAGUACAUGACUCCAUCUUGUCGGCUGCAAUGGCUAUUACCAAUGCCAUUACGCGUCUCAUCAAAGCUGCAACCGACUCACAGCAAGAGAUUGUGGCGCAAGGCAAAGGGUCCAGUACUUCACAACAGUUUUACAAGCGAAACAACAGAUGGACGGAAGGCCUUAUAUCCGCUGCCAAAGCUGUUGCAUUCGCGACGAAUCUCCUUAUUGAAAGCGCUGAUGGAGUACUUUCGGGAACACAUUCAUUGGAACAGCUUAUUGUCGCUUCUAACGAGGUAGCUGCUGCUACCGCCCAGCUCGUCGCAGCUUCUCGCGUUAAAGCCAAUCUCAUGUCCAAGACCCAAGAGCGUCUUGAAUUGGCCGCCAAAGCAGUUACUGAGGCUUGCAAGGCCCUUGUCCGUCAAGUCAAAGCUGUAUCGGCUCAGCAAAUCGAACAAGAAGAUGUCAACUACAAGGAUAUGGCUGUUUUAGAGUUUAAGAAACGGGAGAUGGAGCAACAGGUGGAGAUUCUCAAACUGGAGAAGGAGCUCGGUGCGGCGAGACAUCGUUUGGGCGCUAUGAGAAGAGCGGGAUAUCAUACAGAUGAGACAGAUUGAAUAUGUUUUUUCAAGGUACCACAUCUUUUACAUGUAAUACUUCUAACACGGAAU